UGGAGAUAGAAAAACUGAAAAAUAAAAACAGAAAAUUGGAGAACGAAAAACAGAAGUAGAAAACAGGAAAAUAUCUCUAUUAGUAAACAGACCCUUCUUUUUUGUCUAAAGGAAUCUUCCUUUAUUAAAAGAAGAAAGGUCUAACAAAAAAAUCCUCUUCAGUCAACGAAUGGUUGAAAAAAGUCAGCCAUAACUAAACACCAUUAACACCUAACUAACCUCAAAAAAAUUAAACGACUAAUCCUUCUUUCUUCAUUGCUUGGGGCUAAACUUUCUGUAUUGAUGCCAACCCUUUAGUUCGAUUUGCGUGAUCUGCCGCCGCUGACGCCGGCGAAACGAUGGGAUCCACCACCGAUACGUCAGCGGCUUCCUCCACCGUCACCACCGCUUCCCAUCAUACUCCCUCCCACCACAUCCUGGAAAUCACCCUCAUCUCCGCCCAAGAUCUGGCCCCCAUUUCCAAAUCCCAGCGCACCUACGCUCUAAUUUGGGUCAACCCGAAUAAGAAACGGAGCACCAAUAUCGACCCCAAAGGGCACACCAAUCCCACUUGGAACCACAAGUUCUCGUUCCGGGUCGACGACGAGUUCCUCGGGUCCGAGGCCUCCGCCGUCACCGUCGAGAUCUACGCCGUCGCCUGGUUCCGGGACAUCCUCGUCGGAACGGUGCGCUUAAAUGUUAACAACAUUUUGACGCCGCCCUCACCGGGCAUUGUUAGCGAUGAGAAGAAAAACGAGAGGUUCAUGGCUCUCCAGAUCCGCCGGCCGUCCGGCGACCCUCAGGGGAUGCUCAACAUGGGGGUUGCCCUGUUCGACGCCGCCACGCGCAGCAAGCCGAUCUGCAGCGACGUCAGCGCUUCUCCCUCGGAUUGCAGAGAUCUUCUGGAAAAGAAAAUGAACAAGUUCCUUACAGGGAAUGAGAUCUCCGAGGAGUUCCCGGCGAAUCCGGGCUCGAUCUGCCGUGCGGGGUCUGCCGUGAACGGAUCGGCGAUAUGCGGCGGAUCCGAGGUCUGCUCGGACAUCGGGCCGUCGGCGUCCGUUGUGGCAGCGGAGAUAGCCAUGAAGUCGAACCCGCCGGCGGAGCAGAGCAACGCCGGGCCCCAGAGACGGAAGGGCGGAGGAGAAUGCGGAGAGAGUGUGAUAUUGGAGGAACUGACGGCCGAGGAAGCGGCGGCGAAAGGGAUGACGAAUCAGCCGGAGGUUGUGAAGAAGAAGGGACGCCUGUUUUCGUGCUACGGUUUUGAGGUCACCAUUGUUUGCGGCGCAAGAAAAAAACAGAAAAACGAUUAAUAAAUUCCGACAGGGAGAUGAAAAUUUUCCAGAUUUUUUUUUCUGUUUUGUUUGUAUAGUGAACCAAACGAACAUCAACCCUCCUCCGGCCGGGCUAGUGGCCUCCGGCCUGCAGAUCGGUGAACGAGUCGGCGACUGUUUUUUCUUCUUAUGAAACUCUGACUUGAUGAUUGUUUGUUGUAUUUAGUAUAGCAUUAUUAAGAAUCAAUCAGUAGUUAUUUAUACGGAGC